CUCUCGAGUCCGGGCCGCAAGUCCCAGACGCUGCCCAUGGAGACGACCAGCGAGCCGCCGCUGGAUGCUAAGUCCGAUGUCACCAACCAGGUGGGUGAGCGGCCGCCCCGCCCUGUCCUCCGCCAGCCUGCCUCCCACGGCCGCGAGGCCGUGCCACCCUGAGCCUUCCCCAGGUCUCCCCUAGUCCUGUGUCCGCGAGCCGGUGACCUUCAGCCGUCUCUCUUGCAUUGCUCCUUCUCCUUUGCACCUGAGCCGGUAGCCGUUGCCAUUCUUGUAGAUUUUCAGUGGAAACUGGGUAUGGCUGUGAGCUCAGACACUUGCAGAUCUCUUAAGUAUCCUUAUGUUGCAGUGAUGCUAAAAGUGGCAGAUCAUUCAGGCCAAGUAAAGACCAAGUGCUUUGAAAUGACGAUUCCACAGUUUCAGAAUUUCUACAGACAGUUCAAGGAAAUUGCUGCAGUUAUUGAAACGGUGUGAAGACGGAUUCUUUGGUUGAUAAAUUGCUAUCAUUCUAAAGUCAUGGACUUCACUUUCUGCAACAAAACUAAAUAAGGAUGGAACAUUUAUUGAAUGAAAAAAUGCACUUUUGUUUUUCCAUUUUUUUAAAUAAUAAAAAUCAGACAAACAGGAA